AUGAGCCGGUCAAGGCAUGUGGGCAAGAUCCGGAAACGUCUGGAAGAUGUCAAGAACCAGUGGAUCCGGCCAGCCAGAGCUGACUUUAGUGACAAUGAGAGUGCCCGGCUGGCCACAGAUGCUCUUCUGGAUGGGGGUCCAGAGGCUUACUGGCGCGCUCUCAGCCAGGAAGGAGAGGUGGACUUCCUGUCCUCGGUGGAGACCCAGUACAUCCAGGCUCAGGCCAAGGAGCCCCAGGAUCCUGCAGGAGGGGCUGAGUCAGGACCCAGAGGACUCGACUCCUGCUCCUUACAGUCGGGUACCUACUUCCCGGUGGCUUCGGAAGGCAGUGAACCGGCUCUGCUGCACACCUGGACCCUCGCUGAGAAGCCCUACAUGAAGGAAAAGUCCAGCGCCACUGUGUACUUCCAGAUGGAGAAACACAACAACAUCAGAGAUUUGGUCCGCCGCUGCAUCUCCCGGGCCAGCCAGGUCCUGGCCAUCCUGAUGGAUGUGUUCACGGAUGUUGAGAUCUUUUGUGACAUUCUAGAGGCAGCCAACAAGCGAGGGGUAUUCGUCUGUGUGCUUCUGGACCAGGGAGGUGUGAAGCUCUUCCAGGAGAUGUGUGACAAAGUCCAGAUCUCUGAUACUCAUCUCAAGAACAUUUCCAUCAGGAGUGUGGAAGGAGAGGUGUAUUGUGCCAAGUCAGGCAGGAAAUUUGCCGGCCAAAUCCAAGAGAAGUUCAUCAUCUCAGACUGGAGGUUUGUCUUAUCUGGUUCGUACAGCUUCUCUUGGCUCUGUGGACACGUUCACAGGAACAUUCUCUCCAAGUUCACGGGCCAGGCGGUGGAGCUUUUUGAUGAGGAGUUCCGACGCCUCUACGCCUCCUCCAAGCCCCUGAUGGGCCUCAAGUCCCCAAGGCUGGUCGCCCCGCUCCAGCCUCGCAAGGGCCCAGAAGCCCCCAAUGGCCACCUCAGCGGCAGCAGCGGCUCCGCCAGUGACCGUACCUCCUCCAACCCCUUCAGUAGCCUGUCGACCGGCAGCAAUGCCCACGACCGGAGUCUGUCCACGUCCUCAGGGCCGGGCAGUCCCCUGGCCGCCAUCCCACCCUUGGUUCCAAGGCUUCAGCCCUAUCACAGUCCCUGGAUAGCAGCGGCCUCUCAGGCCCUCUUGGUCCCUGUGAGGCCCCAUGAGGGAGCACCAGUUCCCUACAGCAGCCUUAUGGCCUACAGGCCCACUCGGCUGCAGCUGCAGCAGCUCGGCCUGGUGCCCAGGGUGACUCACACCUGGAGGCCUUUUCUACAGGCCUUGCCUCAUUUUUAA